UUCGCUCAACGCCUUCGCUUCAGAGCUCCUAUCACUACGAAGUGUUUCACAUAUCUUCUUGAUUAUGCUUUGAUUAUAGUGUUAUGCAAGAAAAAAGUAUGAUAAUGUUGUGAACAAAGACACUAGCAUCUAUUUUUUGUUAAUAAGAAAUUCGGUAAUUUUCAAAAAUGGGAACAAACUCGGAAAGAGUACUGUGUGUAGGUUUAUGUAAUUUGGAUAUAGUAAUGGUUUGCCCGUCUUAUCCCUUAGAAGAUAGUGAUCAGAGGUGCAUAUCUCAUCGAUGGCAGCGUGGUGGUAAUGCUUCAAACUCGGCUACUAUUUUUGCUGAAUACGGAGUGAAAUGUGAAUUUUUAGGAACAGUGAGUCUUGAUAUUGGUGGUCAAUUUAUGAAAAAAAAUUUUGAUGAACAUAAUAUCUGCACUGAAAAUUGCCAUUACUAUGAAGAAUUUGAAAGUCCUGUGUCAACAAUAUGGAUUAAUAGUGAAAAUGGCUCUCGAACUAUAGUUCAUGCUAAUAAAAAUAUGCCUGAAAUUUCUUAUGAAGAUUUUUCUGCUUUAAAUUUAAAGGAUUAUAGUUGGAUCCAUUUUGAAUGCCGACCUAAUUAUGAACCGAUGAAAGCAAAUUUGGAGCACAUUAGACGCUGGAAUGAAAACAAAGCAAAUAAUUCCAUAACAGUGUCUAUUGAAGUUGAGAAGCCAAGUCUGCAGCAAACGGAAGUGUUAAGUCUUGGAGAUGUGUUAUUUAUAUCCAAAGAUUUUGCUGCAGCUCAUGGUUUUUCAAACAUGGUAGAUGCGGUGGAAACAUUAUCAUGUAAAUUAAGAAGAGGUGCAACUCUUAUUUGCUCUUGGGGUGAAAAGGGAGCAUGUGCCAAAAGCAGUGAUGGUCCUUUGUACGUAUCAAAAGCUUUUCCUCCUACAAAUGUUGUGAACACUUUAGGUGCUGGUGAUACGUUCAUAGCUGGCUCAAUUAUAAGUUUGAUGAAAGGGAAAAAUAUGCAGGAUGCUAUUAUAAUGGGCUGCAAAAUUGCUGGAACAAAAUGUGGUAUGCAUGAUUCCAAAGAAUUAUCAAAAUUAUGUCCAUUUUCGUAAUUAGUUGACUCUGAAAUGCAAUAUUAAAUGUAACUAAAAUUUAUACAUUGUUAAAUUAUACAUGAUUAAAUUUAU